AUGUUUUUGAGUCUCGGUCGAGGCAAGAGCCUUCAGUUUGGCGUAACGAUAUGCUGUCUGAUUGCAUUUGUGCUGUUUGGCUAUGAUCAAGGCGUCUUUGGAGGUAUCCUCCAGAUGGAAGACUGGCUGAACCAAUUCGAUCAUCCGUCUGACUCAGAAACUGGUAUCAUUGUGUCGUGUUACAACUUGGGAUGCCUCUUCGGUUGCGUUCUGAACUUCGCCUUUGGCGAGAAGCUCGGCCGUCGAAAGACGAUCUGGACCGCCAUGGCGCUCGUGAUUGUUGGUGCCACGCUGCAAGCAACGGCAUACACUGUCCCUCACCUAGUAAUUGGACGUAUCGUCACGGGCUUCGGCACUGGUAUGAAGACCUCAACUGUUCCGAUGUAUCAGUCUGAACUGUGUGAUCGAAAGUACCGGGGCCGACUGGUGUCUGCCGAGACACUUUUCGUGGGCGUCGGAAUCGUUUUCGCAUACUGGUUCGAUUUCGGCAUGUCAUACGUCGGCGGCCCUAUUGCGUGGCGGCUUCCCCUAGCCUUUCAAAUUGUCUUCGCGCUCGUCGUCAUUGUGUUGGUUUUUGCCCUGCCGGAAUCCCCUCGAUGGCUAUUCAAGCACGGCCGCGAGCAGGAGGCAGUUCAUGUUCUCUGUGACGUCUUCGACAAAGAACCUACCGACGAGUACAUCCGAGCAGAAGUCCUCGCAAUACACCAUGCCAUCGAGCUAGACGCUAUAGAGGACAAAUCGUCCUCUUGGAUCAGCAUCUUCAGGAACGACCGCCUUAAAACCGGCCAUCGUGUUCUUCUGGCAUGGGGUGCACAGUUUAUGAACCAAAUAGGAGGCAUCAACCUGGUUGUUUACUACAUCCCAUCAGUGCUGGUGCAGAAUGUCGGUAUGACAGCCCACCUGGCCCAGAUCAUCGGGGGUUGCGUGCAGAUGAUGUUCAUGUUCGGCUCCAUACUGCCAGCUCUUGCGUUGGAUCGAAUGGGCCGCCGCAAAACUAUGAUGUGGGGAAGUGCUGGGCUUGGCUUCUGCAUGUUCAUGAUUUCGGUGCUCUUAUCUCGAGUCGGGCUCGCAAACGGUCAAGUUUGCGCUUCGGCUUCGGUAGCAUUUUUCUUUCUGUAUAAUCUGAUUUUCGGAAUGGGUAUGAACUGCGUUCCGUGGGUCGUCGUCCCCGAGAUCCUCCCGCUCCACGCUCGAACUCGCGGGACGGCUGUUGGUAUAAGUUCCAAUUGGCUGUGGAACUUUUUCGUCGUCAUGAUCACCCCAGUCAUUAUCAACCGUCUCCAAUGGAAGGCGUAUCUGAUUUUCAUGGUCACCAACUUCGUCUUUGUUCCCGUAAUUUACUAUUUCUACCCAGAAACCAGCAACUUCGGAUUAGAGGAAAUUGACGAAUUCUUCACAUCUGGUCGCAACCCGGUCAAGGUCGCAAAGGAGAUGACCAAGGCCAUGAGAAUCAGUGGCGUUAGGCCUGAGAAAGAUUUGAAUAAGACGUCGACCUCAGAGGAGAAGGCAAAAGUAGAUGUGGAGCACAACUAA